ACACAUUCAGUCUCAUUUCCAUCAAAAUUAUAACUUCAUUUCAAGUUUUGAUUUAUAUCCUAAAAUGGGUAAUUUUUUUGUUUCUUGCAAUGGUCACUUACUUAUCUUAAACACACAAAAUUAUGUACAUGUUACUGAUCUGUUAUCUUCUCUGUUUCAAUCUUAUAUUCUUAGUUAGAUUCAUCGAAGAGAAUAUUACUAAAAUGUUGGAGACAAAGGUCAUCUCAAACUCGGAGGUUUUAUAUGUCGGAAGAGACGACGGAGACACGUCACCGUCGACGAAAGUUCUUCAUGAUUUUCAGAUCAACGGCGGAGGAGGAGGACUAAUAAGAUCAUGGGUUGAUUCCAUGAGAGCUUGUUCUCCUACUCGUCCUAAAUCCUUCAAUAGCCAAUCUUGUUGGAUUAAGGAACAUCCAUCAGCUUUGAACAUGUUCGAAGAAAUACUUCAUAAAUCUAAAGGAAAACAAAUAGUUAUGUUUCUUGAUUAUGAUGGUACUCUCUCUCCCAUUGUUGAUGAUCCUGAUCGAGCUUUCAUGUCCAAGAAGAUGCGAAAUACUGUAAGGAAACUUGCAAAGUGUUUUCCAACAGCCAUAGUUAGUGGGAGAUGCAGGGAGAAGGUUUCUAGUUUUGUGAAAUUAACUGAGCUAUACUACGCUGGAAGUCAUGGCAUGGACAUCAAAGGACCAGAGCAAGGACCUAAAUACAAGAAAGAAAAUCAGUCUCUUCUUUGUCAACCAGCGACUGAGUUCCUCCCGGUGAUCAACGAGGUUUAUAAAAAACUACUCGAGAAAACCAAAUCGAUUCCAGGAGCCAAAGUUGAGAACAACAAAUUUUGUGCGUCUGUUCACUUUCGAUGCGUAGAAGAAAAUAAAUGGAGUGACUUGGCCCAUCAAGUUCGAUCAGUCUUGAAGAACUACCCCAAACUCAUGCUUACCCAAGGAAGAAAAGUGUUGGAGAUUCGUCCAAUCAUUAAGUGGGAUAAAGGCAAAGCACUCGAGUUUUUGUUAGAAUCACUCGGAUAUAAUAAUUGUACUGAUGUUUUUCCUAUAUAUAUUGGAGAUGAUCGUACCGACGAAGAUGCCUUUAAGAUAUUGAGAGAUAAAAAACAAGGUCUUGGAAUUCUUGUGUCCAAAUACGCAAAGGAGACUAAUGCUUCUUAUUCUUUGCAAGAACCAGAUGAGGUUAUGGAUUUUUUAGAACGUUUGGUGGACUGGAAACAAUUAAGAUGUGGGGCAUGAAGAGUUUACAAGUACAGGAGAAUCUUUUUCUUUUUCUUUUUACUAUGUAUUAUAUCUUAAGAUUCUAACGUAUAAGAGAACGAGAAUUAUUUUGUUAAAUAUAACAAAAAGACAAAU